AUGACUAUGAAAGUUGAGGAGAAUCCCGAUUAUGUUAAUGAUGGUCAACCAAAGAUUCGGAAGUUCAGAAGAGCUGCUCCGCCCACAUUCACCGAUGUAGAACAGGAGAAGAUAUAUCGGAGAGGACGACUUGCGAUGGCAUGUCGUGUCGUAGCUGCUCAAGGAUGGGGGAUUGGUUGCUCCAUGCAGUUAUCAUCCCGAGAUCCUUUAGAUCAUUCUACGAUUUGGGUCCUACCAGCUGGUAAAGCACUGGCAGCUAUGAAAUCUUCAGAUUUGAUUCAAGUUAGUAUCGAGACUGGUGGAGUAGUGUCAAAUGACCAGGAAUGGGGAUAUGACAUAAAUUCGGUCGCUAUCCAUCGAGCGAUUUACCGGGCUAGACCUGAUGUAGGAGCUAUUAUACAUGGACACACACCUCAUGCUCGAUCUUUUGCCAUGCAGGAUCGACCACUAGAAAUGAUUUUACAAGAUUCCUGUACUUUCUACAAGCGAUUUCAUCGAAUGCCUUUCUCUGCGGGUCAAAAUGCCUUGACGAACCCCAAGGCAGUUUCGGACUGUUUAAGCGAUGGCAAAGGAUUCGUGAUGGAGAACAGGGGUAUAUUACUUGUUGGAGCAAGCAUAGAAUGCCCCAUUAGCUAUUACAUCAGAAUGGAAAGUUUGUGCCGAAUUCAGCUUCUCGCUGAAGCAGCAAUUAAAGGAAGAGGAGGAGAAUUAGUUCGAGUUGGAGAACAAGAAGUUCAGUUCACAUUCGAUAACAGUGGGUCUGAACAUCACGCUUGGCUCAUGGCCAUGCCUUAUUUCGCUCGUCAAGAUAAGUUGACUGGAGGUGCAACUGUAAUAUGA